AUGCCCAAAGAAACACAAGUUCUGGCAUUGAAUGCCACAAUAGGGAUAGUUGGCAACCCUCGGCCUACUGAGAACUUCCCUAUUGAAGAACUGUUAGAACCCAAGGUUCAAGAGGAGCCCAUUGAAGUUCCCUUGAAUGCUUGGUUGAAGAUCAUAGAAUCUGGGGAGUACUCCUCCUCUGAUGAGGAAGAGGAAACUAGGAAAGAGCAAGUUGUUCGAUACCUAGGAAUUAUGAUGAAGCUGAAUGCCAAGUUAUUUGGUACAGAGCCAUUAGAAGAAGAACCUACAGUGCUAACCAAAGAGCUCAAUGCCUUAGUUCAGCAUAAGUUACCUCAGAAGAAGCCGGAUCCUGGACGCUUCUUAAUCCCUUGCACCAUAGGUACAAUGACUUUUGAUAAGGCUCUAUGUGACCUAGGGUUAAGCUUAAACCUCAUGCUUCUCUCUGUAAGGGAGAUGCUGAAAAUAUUUUAG